AUGGCUGAGCACGGGACCUUUGCUGCUAGCUGCGUUAGCAUUAGCAUGUCGGCUGCGCUUCCUAAGUACUGGGUACUCUUAAUGCAUGUGGUUUCUAGUGCUGGUUGGGGUGUGAGUUACAGUCAUUCACACAUCUGUGCACUAAAGAACUCAUCAGUGAUAAUGAGCUGCACAUACACAUACCCUACUGGAUAUAAGAUUGAGAAAGUGUUCUGGACAAAUAGCUAUUCAUCUCCAGACCCUCCUGAUCUCUUCAUAGACCCUGAAUACAGUCAGAGGCUUCAGUAUCUGGGAGACAAACAGCAGAACUGCACCAUUAGAAUGAGUCAUGUGACACAGAAGGACCAAAACAUGUACUAUUUCAGGUUCAUCUCAAAUAAAUCUGAUGGAAAAUGGACUGGUUAUCCAGGAGUGAUUCUUAAUGUCACAGAUCUUCAGGUGGAGGCUCCCGAGAGAGUGACAGAGGGCCAUAAUGUCAAUCUGACAUGUAAAAGCAGCUGCACUCUGGCUGACAGAGCAACAUUCAUCUGGUACAGAAACUCCCAGCCAUUAACUGAGAGAAGAGACAGAAACAAUCAACUCCUGCUGCAGUCAGUCAGAAGAGAGGAUGCAGGCAGAUACAGCUGUGCUCUGCAUGGACACAGUUACAUCUCUCCUGCUGCUCAGCUCAGUGUCACCUAUCCUCCAGAGAAUCCUGUGAUCUUCAUCAGCCCAUCUGUAAUAGUGGAGGGAGAUUCAGUGACUCUGAGCUGCAGCAGUGAUUCAAACCCUCCUGCAGGAAUCAGCUGGUUUAAAGGAGGAACGUUUGUAGGAUCUGGAAGAAUCUACAACAUCUCAAAUAUCAGCUCUGAGCACAGUGAAGAAUACAAGUGCAAAUCCAUCAAUGAACAUGGAGAGAAAGACUCUGCUGCUGUAGCUUUAAACGUCAAGUACUCUCCCAGGAACGUCUCAGUGUCUAUAACUGGAUCUGGUCUAAUAGUGGAGGGAGAUUCAGUGACUCUGAGCUGCAGCAGUGAUUCAAACCCUCCUGCAGAAAUCAGCUGGUUUAAAGAGAAUCAAAGCUCAGCUGUUGGAUCUGGACAGAGUUUCAGUGCACUACAGACUGGACGCUUCUACUGUGAGGCUCACAAUCAACAUGGAUCUCAGAGAUCAGACGCUGUUACUGUCACUGUUGAAGGACGUCCAGUGAUUUUGUACAUAUCUGCUGGAGUGGUUUGUGGAGCUGCAGUUAUCAUAACAAUAUUGCUGAUUUGGUGGAUGAAAAAGAGAAAUAAAACUCAGGUGAAUCAUUCCGGACCUCAUCAUGACCGGCACAACUCUUGCAAUGAUGAAUUGAAUGAACCUGUAUAUGGAAAUGAAAUGGUAGGUGAUUUAGCUGAGGUUUUCCUACAAAAGACUAAAUUCUCUUCACCUGUAGCCAAAGGAAAUAAAACACUCUUCUAUGUCAUUGUGAAAAUACCAAAUGCUGUUGAACAUGGCUCUGGUGUUUGUAAACCUGAACUGAACUGUCCAGUGUAUGAAAAUAUUCCAGCUCAGUUUCUUGGGUUUGUCAUCACUCCUGGCCACGUGGAAAUGGACCCUAAGAAGGUUGAAACUGUCCUCAACUGGCCUAUUCUUGCCACAGUUAUGGAGGUUCAAUGUUUCAAUGGCUUCGUGAACUUCUAUAGGAGAUUCAUUAUGAACUUCAGCUCUGUGGUGGCCCCCUUGACUGCACUGACCAAGGGAGGAGCUUCGAGGAACUCAAACACCACUUCACUUCCUCUCCCAUUCUCUCUAUCCCCGACCCAGAAAGACCUCGCGAGGCCUCAGAGACCCGGCACCAAGAAUGUCAAGUCGGAUGCCCUUUCCCGAACCUACUUUCCCGAGAGAAGCCUUUGGCAUCGAUUAUUAAGAGGUCUAGAAAUUGUUGCACCCCUUGAGUGGGAACUGGAAAAAGUAGUACAAGAGGCUCAAGCCCAAGUGACAGACCCAAGAGGUGGUCCCCCGGGUCCCUCAAUCUGCCAGGGCCCGGGUUUUGCAGUGGGGUCAUAA